AUGCUCGCCGACCGCAAGCCCCACGCGGUGUGCGUGCCGUACCCGGCGCAGGGCCACGCCACCCCGAUGAUGAAGCUGGCCAAGGUCCUCCACUCUAGGGGCUUCCACAUCACCUUCGUCUACACCGAGCACAACUACCGGCGCCUUGUCCGUUCCCGCGGCCCAGGCGCCAUCGCGGGCCUCCCGGACUUCCGCUUCGCCACCAUCCCAGGCGUCCAUCUGCUACUCCACAACGACCACCUGCCUCCCCCACCUGAAGAGCCUGCUUGGCGGCCUCAACAAAAGCGCAGCGGGGACGCCGCCCGUGACGUGCGUCGUCGCGGACAGCAUCAUGAGCUUCGCGGUGGACGCCGCGGCGGAGCUCGGCGUGCCGUGCCCGCUCUUCUGGACCGCGAGCGCGUGCGGUUACAUGGGCUAUUACAACUUCCGGUUCCAGCAGGUGAAGAGAAACUGACGAACGGCUACCUGGACACGCCGGUGACAAAUGCUCUCGGCAUGACAAAGCACAUGUGCCUCCGGGACUUCCCGUCCUUCGUCCACACCACCGACCAGGACGACAUCCUGCUCAACUUCAUGAUCCACAAGCUAGGGCGGGCGAGCCGUGCUGGCGCCGUCAUCGAUCGUCAACACCUUUGA